ACGGCCACCGUUCCAGAUAUUAGAUCCUUUUUAGAUCACCGUUGCUAGGAAUGUUCCAGCUAACCGACCGAAGGCUCCACCGGCUGUCCGUGGAGCUAAAGCCGUGAUCCUCAGCCGGAGUUUCUGUCGGUUUUUGUUAAGUUUUCCUCCUUUUAUCCCUCUUAUCAUCAGAUAUCGGGGUUACUAUGGAAGACCUUGCCGGGGUGAAGAGCAGCCAGCCUCCCGGAGGAGAGGAGCGGGGCGUGGGGGAAGGUGGAGGCCCGGAGAGGGGCUCUGGAGGCGGGCUGACCGCAGCCCAGCUGGCGGUGCUGGAGAGAUGCCUCCACGGCCUGAAACACGCGAAAAACGACAGUCACACGCUGGCUGCUCUGCUGCUGAUAUCUCGGCUCUGCCCGGCCAGCCAGCUGGACCAGCCCACCCUGCGGCGGCUCUUCCAGGCCGUGGGUCUGAACCUUCCGGCUCGGCUCCUGAUGACGGCGGUCCGAGGCAGCGAGAGCUCAAUGUUACCCCCAGAUGAGCUGCUCUCUCUGGGCACGGCUCUGCUGGCCGCCCUGAGCACCGACCCAGACAUGGCCUCCCACCCCCAGCUGCUCUCCACCAUCCCCCUGCUGCUGGGCAUCUUAGCCAACGGCCCGGCGAACCAGCAGAACCAGGACCGAGGCGGCCAGAGUCCAGAGAAGAACGCAGCCGAAGCCUCAAAGCCGGAUCCGGUCGGAGAGACAAGCGACAAAGCGGCCAGAACGCCUUCAGAAGCGUCCUCCAGGCUGGACGAGGCCAUGGCUGCAGACUGCUACCAGGUUCUGACGGCGGUUUGUGGUCUCCCCAGAGGUCCAGACCAGCUCCUGAGCCGAGCUGCUGUCCCGGCUCUGUGCCAGGCGGUGGAACAGAACCAGACUCUGAGCCGGGGGAGGGGGCUGGCCCUGCUCGGCCUCCUCCUGUCCGGCAAAACCAGAACCAAAGCGUGGAGGAGACACUCUGCAGAACUCCUGGCUCUGCUGGUCCGACUCUCCAAAGACUUCAGCCAGUCCUCAGACCAGAACCGGUUCAGUAUGUGUUCCCAGCUGGUCCAGUUCCUGCCCCCUGCUGGGAUGGCGGCCCAGAGCGAAGACCUGAAGGGGGUUGUGAGACGGGUCUGGGUGGCACUGAGGCCCAUGAUGCAGGCCAAGUUAACGCCCAAACAGAUGGGACCGGUCCUGGUCCUCAGCGCCUGUCUGCUGGACCUGCACGGCUGGGAGCUGGUGGGACCCCCCAAGUUCUGCUGCCUGCUGGUGAACCGGGCCUGUGUGGAGGUUCGCAUGGGUUUAGAAGAACCACCAGGAAAUGAUCUGAGCCCAGAGCUGCAGCAAACUCUGACAGGUUGUUACCGGAUCAUGGAGGCGUCCAUAGAACAGGCGUGCCUCCAGACGUCUCCUCAGAUCUCCGUCUCAGGUCUGAGUCUGCAGCAGAGCCGUCAGGUUCUGGGGGUUCUGGAGGAGGCCUUCUCUGCUCUCAUGUUCUACCUGCAGCAGGUGGAUCCGAGUCGCUAUGGCGACCCGUUCGUCUUCGCCACCGUCCGCUCUCUGUGCUCGUGGUUGGCCGAGGAGACUUCCUGUCUGAGGGAGGAAGUGACCAAACUGCUGCCGUUUCUGAUCAGCUACAGCCGGAAGCACCUGCAGGACGACGGCUCUGAGCAGAACCUCCAUGACUGGAUCAGCGAGGAGAGGGACGGCUGGACGGGCAGCGAGGCUCUGAGGUAUCUCCUCCCAGCUCUGUGCCACCUGUCAGCAGAAGAAGGUCCAAGGAAGGUUCUGCUCGGCCUGGACGCUCCAGCGCUGCUGGUGGACUUCCUGUCUCGGUGCUGGACCUCCAUGAAGGGGAAAGGAUGGGCGACAAUGGCCAGAGAUCCCAGUAUGGAAACGGCCUGCUCAGCCCUUCUGAACUUCACCGUGACGGAGCCGGAGAGAGUCAGGAAGGACUCCUGUUUCAGAACCCUGGAGGCCCUCCUGAGUGAAGCACUUCCUGUUUUGGUGAAUAAGCCCCGCCUCCUUGUCCUGGCAGCCAAUUACUGCACUUUAGGACUAAUGAUUGGGCGACUGAAGUCUUCUCCUUCAGGCUCGGUGGAAGCAGCUCAGCGGCGUUUCUUCUCCGCAGCUCUCCGGUUCCUUCGUGGCGCCCUGGACUCUGGCUCUGGUCCCGGUCCAGUGAAGGUGAGCCCCGGCUGGGAGGAGAACUGGGACGAGGCGGCGGAGCUCUGGAGGUUGAGUCUCCAGGCUCUGGGAGGCUGCGUCCGAGUCCAGCCCUCCGUCUGCGGCCUGAUCCGGGAGGAGGGAUGGCUCAGACACACCCUCAGCAUGCUGGAUCAGGGCAGCGCUCUGCCGGACCGACACACCGAGGAGGUUCUGGAGGAGGCGCUGAGUGCCGUCGCCCAGCAGUGUCCGGUCUGUCGGCAGGAGAUCAGAGACGUGAUGCAGAGCAGCGACAGAGGAGCUCUGAGCAGGAUGAGGAACCUGAAGAAGUCGCUGGGACUGAAGUAAAGCUGCUCUCUAAAGGAGGAUUUUUAACUUUUCGUGCACUUGGAAACAACAAAACGGAGCCAAAAUCGAAGCCAAUCUGGUGUUUAUUCUAAAUCUGACAUGGAUAAUGUGUUACUUUUUGGUUUUAUGAAGAAGUUUAAAUAGAAAAUGAGACAAAUGAUGUGUUUUUGUGUAAAUGUUCCCUAAUAAUGCGACUGAACCUUUUUAGUUUUCCAUCAGUGAGAACAUGUGAGGAGUUCAGAGAGUCUGCAUCCAGGUAAACCUACAGAGAACACUAACUGUCUCCUGCCUCUGAAUGUUGGAAUGUGAAAGCCUUUAAUAAAGAAUUAUUUUGGUAGAGAA